GCUCAGGCUGCCCAGGGCCCCCUACAACCUGGCCUUGUGUGCCUCCAGGGAUGGGAACCUAUAUUGGUCCUAUAUAUCACAGAGAGACUGAUUUUAGGGCACUGAAGACAAAAGUAGUGGAGUUUGAGAUGAAGAGGGAGUACUUCUGUUAUGUUCAGGCUAUUUACUUACAUGUGUGGUUUGUUCCUUUCUAUUUCAAAGUACAUACUGAAUACGCCAUGGCUUGUGUUUGAAUUAGUAGCAGAAUAACCCAGUGGCUAUUAAAACAAUGAGAACCCACCAUUCCUCCACUGCUUUGUGUAAAUAAAGCAUAGAAUCUAAUUUCAAUCUGCGUUACCUCAGGCAGCUCUAGCAUCUGAUAAAAUAAAUUAUCUUUGCACUCUCUGUUUCCCCUUUAAUUUUCAUUGAAAGAGUGAGGUGUUUCUGUAAAUAAGCAAGACUGCCCUUCAGUGAUGGGGGAAAAGACUGAGACUUACUUACAUCCUUUGUCUUGCAGCUGUUUUCCCUCGGUGACUCAAAAUAGAUUUGUCUUCUUGCUUAAUUAUUUCCAUUUUAUGUGCUCAGACUUGAAGUUUAACACCAAUAAGAGUUCUUGUUAGUGGUGAAAAUAAGAAUUUGCAAGGACAGGGCAGUGUAUGGUUGGAUGAGGUCCCUGGUGAAAUGCUUCUUGACAAGAACUGUGGCAGCCUGUGAAAGAGCAGGCCACAAACAAGGAGUCUGCAGGAGCUCUGACCGGGUUGCAGGCAGGCAACAUUACACCCAGAGCAUCCUGACUGUGUGAUGGAAAAAGAGAAUCCGUAUCAAGCUACUCAGCAGCUCAUCAGCCACCCAGGCUGACUGCAGUGUCUCUUACUGGAGGAAGCUGAGGCCAGGCAUGGAGUGGGACCUGAAGGGAGGGGUUUGUCUUCUGGGUCUCCAACAUAGAAUUCGUUUCUUGUAUUAUAAAUUGUGAACAAAAUUGCUAUCUGCUCCCUCUUACAAUGAUAUCAACUCUUGGGUUGGUUGCAAAUGCCACAAGUGGGGCAUUUCAGUCUAAUAGCUGUGUGGAUAUCAGGAUUUUUUAUGUCCCAAGCUACCUGCUGAGAAACGCAGGCUGGGGAGAUGGAGUGGGCAGCUGGCAGAGUGUGCGGACACUUGAACCUGGAAAUGAAAGCAGCUGCUGGAGCUAAUUUUAAACAUAGCUCCUGAUCAGAUCCCUUUCAAUCCUAAUUGUCGCGUAACCGUGGAGAGGCGUGAAGUUCAAGAUACUGGUAAAAAGCUGCGUGGAAAGGGAAGUCGUCCUUGCUCCAGUGAUGGUAUUUCCAUUUUUCACAGUGAGUUCAGAGCUACCCAAAUUGCAAAAAGAUGAGCAGAAAGCAAGAAAUGCACUGUUGGCUGAUAUCCAGCAGGGAACUCGCUUAAGAAAAGUGACUCAAAUCAAUGACCGAAGUGCACCACAGAUUGAAAAACCCAAAGGAACUAACAGAGAUGGAGUUAGCCCAGCCGUUAAUAAGGCUGGCUCUCAGCAACCCCUGGGAGGCUUAUUUGCUGGCGGCUUUCCCGUUCUCAGACCGGCAGGCCAGAGAGACAUGGCAGGAGGGAAGACUGGGCAGGUUCCUGCAGUCCGGGCAGCAGCUCCCAAGGCUGCAGCCCCACCAAACAGCACCGCAAAGGUCGGCAGUAGCCCCUCAAACCCAUCCGACAGCUCCUGGCCAACCAUCCCACCGGAGCCUCCCAGCACCUCCCGGGCUGGCACCGCACGGCCCAGCCUGCCUGCACCUCCUCCACCACCUCCGGCUGCCAGCAAACCUUCCCUCACCUUCCCUCCUCCUCCGCCUCUUCCCCCUCCGGCAGAAAGGCCUUCCAAGGGAGGAUCCUCCAACUCUGUUCCUCUGCCCCCUCUCCCUCCCCAGGCCGACAAGCCCACCAAGUUACCAGUAGGUGCUUCGCACCUGCCUCCUCCUCCUCCUCCCUUACCCCCUUGUGGAUUUCCAGCCAGGACCACAGAUUUCUCCACUGCUGCUUCCUCUCCAUCAGAAACAAGGGAUUAUCCACCACCAACACCACCCCCGCCACCUCCUCCUCCACUCCCCACGUUUCCCCCAGCCUCAAACAGGCUGUCCUUCCCACCUUCCCCAGCCUUCAGCAGUGCUGUGAGCGGUGGUGACGUGCCCCCACCACUGCCCCCCAAGUCUCCCCACUUGCUGUCCCAUCAUCUGCACAAAACCAGUAAUAUUCAGUCGCUCCCUCUCCCUCCCACCCCACCCAUCCCUCAGCCAGCAGCAGUGGUGGAGACCAGGAAGAAGAGACCAGGCCGAGGCCCAGGAGCUGGUGCUGGGAAACUGGCCACUCCUCCACAGCCACCAGCCAGGUCACCAACCACUGAACUCACAAGCAAGUCUGGAGUCUCAGCCUGGGCAACAGCUCAUGACCCCUACCCACCACACAAAAAUGGAAACAUGCAUAUUAUUGAUGACUUUGAAUCUAAAUUUACUUUCCAUUCUGUGGAGGAUUUCCCCCCACCUGAUGAAUUCAAGCCAUUUCAGAAAAUAUAUCCCAGCAAGAUAGCUAGAGAUCCCUCUAAAAAUCCACCAUUAAGAACACACGUGAGAUGAGAAGAAUCGUCUGAUGCUUUCUGGACUGGUAUUAAAAAAUGGAGAACAUCAAGAUAAUAUACGAAACUGCAGGGUCCCCAUUACAGUGAUAGAAAUAAUGUUUGAAUCACAAGUGCUGCAACGUUAACGUUUUUAUAAGCUGGAAGAGAGAUGUAAAUGAUACUUUUGGAAGCACUUUGUGGCAGAUGCACCACAGAAGUGUUAGCACAGGCUUUUAAAUAUUGUAUAUAUGUGGAUAUUUUUUAAAUGAAGAAGCAUAACAUCUAAAAUCUUUGUAGUGUGUGAACAAUUCUUAUUAAGCUGAUGUUACCUCAAAGAAUACUUUCUGCAUGAUGUGCCUAUAGUUCAUUUUUCCUCUUCCAUCUUUAAAUAUGUUAGUAAUCCUUCAGUUAUUAUUCUGGCAUUUUUUUCUAUGAGCUCUCAGAAACUAACAUGACAUGUUUAGUCUUUUUGUAUGCUUAUUUACUUCUUAUAUCCUACUUGUGUUCAGAUUGCAACAGAGUGGCACUUUCAAGAACAGGCAGGCCCAUAAUAAUCCUCAUGGAGCAUGAAGAGAAAGGAGAUCAGCGGUUGUGGCAGCUGUUGAGCUACCUCCUAUUGAUUACAGAUCCCUAUAGGAUAGCAAGCAUGUCUGAAGAAACACAGCUGGGUAGGGCAACCAUAGACUUGGCAAAGAUGACACAACUUUUCCAAAAUGGUUAAAGAAAGUAUGUGUGAGUGCACAUACUACCAAGUGAGUACAAAAGGGCACAUGUCCUGUCUUUUCCUGCUGGAAAGUGGAUACUCUUAACCAUUUGUUUGACAAGUUCUCUUUACUCAGCAUUUAAGAGGCCUUUAAAUCACUUAAAUUUUCCUGCCUUGUAAACAGGCAACUAGAGCUGCUACUAUUACCGUUAACCCAUAGCAGCAGUAGGGAUGCAUUGUACAAAGCACACCAUACAGAAUAAGGAGUCCCUAAGGUAGUGAUUCCUGUCAGAUAAACUGGUUGAAAAAAGCAAGGCAGACAGACAAGACUUGAGCUCCUGCUUUUAAGAUGCAGCCUGUAGUGAGAUGUUUGUUUGGCUCACUGACAUUUAGAUCACACAGUGUUUACUUUCAGCAGGAAUUACACACAUGCAGCAUUUCAUUGCAUUAGGAAGAGCUGCCACCAGCUUGUGGGAGGUGAUCUCUCCCCUCUACUCAGCACUGGCUGAGCGCAAAUCUGGAGUGUUAUACCCAGUGGCUUCAUUGAACAAAAGAGAUACGGACAUACUGAAGAGUCCAGCAUAGAGCCACCAUGGCGAUGAAGGGUCUGGAGCAUCUCUUCUGUCAGGAGAAGUCAUCUAUGUCUAUUCUCUCCCUACUACUGUCAGAAAUCUUCUGUCUUUUAUCAGGAGUAGUCAACGUGGAUUCACUAAGGGGAAAUCAUUCUUGACCAACUUGGUAGCCUUCUAUGAUGUCAUGACUGACUGGGUAGAUGAGGGGAGAGCAGUGGAUGUUGUCUCCCUUGACUUGAGCAAGGAUUUUGACUCUGUCUCACAUAGCAUCCUCACCAUUAAGCUUAGGAAGUGUGGGAUACAUACGUAGACAGUGCACACAUCAGUACAGGUUAGGGAUCAACCUGCUGGAAAGGAGCCCUACAGGGAAGGACCUAUCUGUUCUGGUAGACAGCAGGUUGGCCAUAGGCCAGCAGUGAGCCCAUGUGUCCCAGACGACCAUUGGUAUACUGGAAUACAUUAAAAAGAGUGUGGCAAGUAGGCUGAGGAAGGUUGUUCUUCCCCUCUACUCUGCCCAAGUGAAGCCACAUCUGGAGUACUGUAUCCAGUUCCAGGCUCCCCAGUUCAAGAAAGGGAACUUCUGGAUAGAGCUCUGUGGAGAACUGAGGAGCAUGGAGUAUCUCCCUAAUGAGGAAAGGAUGAGAUACCUAGGAACAUUCAGUCAAGAGCAUGGGGCCGGGCUUUUUUGGUGGUGCCCAGCAACAGGACAAGGGGUAACAAGCACACAGUAGAACACAGGAAUUUCCAUCUGAAUAUGAAAAAGAACUUAUUUGGGGGUGACAGAGCUCUGGAACAGCUUACAGUCUCCUCUGAAGAUACUGAAAGCCCACUUGGAUGCUUUCCUGUGCAACCUACUUUAGGGACCAUGCUUUAGCAGGGGGGUUGGCAUAGGCGAUAACCAGAUGUCCCUUCCAACCCUUGUGAUCCUAUAAGGAAAGACUGAGGACUAGGACUACUCAUGUUGAAGUAGAGAAGGCUCGAGGGGAAUCUUACCACUGUACAUCAAUAGCUGAAGGGUGACUGCAGAGAAGACAGAGCGAGGCUCUCUUCAUUAGUGCUCAGCAUCAGGAGAAGGAUCAGUGGGCACAAAUCAGAACAUGGGAGGUUCCACUAGAACAUGAGGAAAUGUUUCUUUAGUGCAAGGGUUACAAAAAGCCCUGGCACUGGUUGUGCAGUCUCCUUGUCAGACAUCUUCAGAAUGUGCUUAGGUACUGUGCUGUAGGUGGACCUGGACAAGAUGACCUCCAGAGUUCCCUUCUUUCUUCCACUGUUCUGUGAUUUUCCCUUCUUAAAGUUCUCUUGGGUUCAGCAGCGUGAAUAACGGCACUGCUAUUCCUGUUUAACAUCCAGGUAAUUUAUGGGUAUUUUAUUAUUUAUUUCUAUAAAUACCACAUCUUACCUCACCUGCAGCUGUUAAAAAAAUAUUAUAGGUGAUAGGCAAAGAUCGUUCCCCUGGGUUAUUCCUUUGGGCAAUGGUAUUUAGAAAAAGACAGGUAACAGCACCCUUAGAUAUCUCUGCUUUUCUGUUAGUUCUUGUAACACCUCAGUUAUGAUGUGACUCCUAUUCAUAGAAUCAUGAGGUUGGAAAGGACCCACAAGAUCAUGUAGUCCAACUGUCCUCCUAUCACCAUUGCUACCCACUAAGUUACUAAACCAUACCUUGUCGCACCUCAUCCAGACAUACAUGCAUGCUUGCAGUGUGGAGGUGGUGUAAGGGUAAGAAACAUCUCAACACCUUGCCUAUAGGACUCCAAAGAAGCAUCAUUAGUCUUUUUCUAGCCUUUUAUGAUACCUUGUUCUUCAUGAUAAACAAAAAAAACAAUUAGCAAUGCUUUGACCAACAAUGCUUUCUGUUACCAGUAUUAUAGUUGCUAAUAAAUAUGCAUGGCUAUAGUAAUAAGCAGGAGUCAGCACUGCUUCUCAAACAACUGGAAAAGAAGUUUAAUACUGUAUUAAAGAAUAUUUUGCUAUAUUAUUAUUAAAAGUUGAUGUACUGCUGAUUUUCAUGGUUUGGAACUUGUGUACUACUUUGCAAUAUGUAUCUUCAUAAAUAUUUGAUAGCUAUUCACAUGCCAGAAAAUAUCUAAUUGGAGAACAAUUUUAUUCCUGUUUUUAUUAUGAUUAGGAGUGUUUUAAAAAGAAACAUCGAAAUUAAACUCAAAAGCCUGCAUAUUUUUAGGUGGUGGUGCAGUUAUUUAAUGCAUAUUAAAUCCUUGUUGUUCAAGACCUAUUAAAGCUUCAGUAAUUUCUAGCAGUUGGAUAGAAAGAAUGACCCAGGUUAGCACCACUGUGCCUUUGCACUGUUCUAGACCACAAGUGUGCUCAGGACAACUUGAAGUUCCAAGCCACGGAGCUGCCCUGGUUUUCUCUAAGUGAUCGUAACCAAGCCUGUCACUGUAGACACUUGAUUUUUUAUUUGUUUGUAAUUCACUACAUAUCUUGCUUUUGCUUCAGCUAUUUGAAACACUACCUAAAUCACAGUGCUCAAAACUCCAUCAUAAAAAACAAUUCCCAGUGAAUACAUAAUUUCCCACAA